AUGAAAAAGAAUGAAUUGAAAUAUCCUGUCGGGAAGUCCUUUGGAAGAGCUGAUAAAUAUAUUUAUCUGGAACAACAAGAAUUACAUCAGGGGUCUGAGAAUGCUAGUUCAUCGAAAAGAAAGUUAAAGGAAGAAGAGGAAGAAGAAAUUAAAUCAUCAUCUUGUUCCGACAAUGACGAAACAGAAGGAAGUGAAGAAAAUUUAAAUGAAAAGAAUCAACAGAACCAAGAGGCAUCCGAAGCAAACCCUCCUCCACAUCAAACAAGAAUUGAAAACAAUUCCUCUCUUGAACCUUCCAAUGGAGGGCGUCUUGUGUUCAAUAAUUGCUCACAUUUUACCAUAAACCUCAAUUAA